AUUAUUGUUUUACUGUUUGAAUUGUGAGAUGAGCGAACAAAAUAAAGGAAAUGAAACAAAACAACCUUUGAAUUGAUGUCCCAACAAAAGGGUUUGUAUUACAAUCUCAAAUAACCACAAAAUUUGUUACCUUUUCGAUUCGUACCGACACUAACACCGAGGAGGCCAUUGCGCCUCUCAAUUUUAAUAUUUGUUUGUACCUUUUUUUUUAAUUUUUAAUUUUGUUUGCCUCCUCAACUGGAUACUUCUUCUCCUCAGAUGUGCGCUUUGGUUUCUGGGUUUUGAUUUUUACACAUAAUUUCACGCUAAUCCAGGAUUUUGAUGGGAUUAUAUUAUAUAUAAGAAUAGUGAUUUAAAAUGGGGAGUUAUAGUGAGGAAGAACAAGAAGUAAGAUUUUUUGACAGUCGUGAGGAGAAUUCUUCAGUUUCUGAUUUGGGGUCAAGUUUUAAUGAGGAUUGCAGUUCUACUGUUGAAUUUGAUUAUAGUUUUUCAAGUGAUUCACACUAUGAUAUGUGGACUAAGUUGCCGGAAAGUGUUGAUGAUCGACGGAAUAGGUUUCUGAAGUGGAUAAAUUCAGAUUUGGAUCGGAAUUCUAUCCCUAGGGAGGAGUCAACUGAUGAGUCCUCCACUAAUACUCAACUGGGCAUUGAUAGAUUGAGGGAUACUACUGGAACAGUGCUGAGGACAUCGGGUUCUAGAGACGGUCUUUUGUCGACUGAUUCUCCAAUGUCUUCUUCUCCAUCAUUUGAAACUCGGGAAUCGUUUGAAAAUGGUUCAGUGGAUGAUAACUCUGUGUAUAUUAUUAGAAAUUUGGAUGAUGGAACAGAAUUUGUUGUGGAUGAAGUUGAUCAAGAUGGGAUGCUAAGUAGAUUGCGUAAAUUGGGCUCGAAUCAAUCUCUUAGUUUUGAAGAAUUUCAGAGGAUUAUUGGGAUUUCUCCUUUGAUUCAGCGUCUUUCGAAAACAUUUAUUAGUGAAGCAGGAGAUAUGAUGGAAGUGAAAAAGAAAGCAAAGAGGAGUUGGUUAAAAAGAUUAGGAAAACUGGACCAUUCUACACGAAUGGCUGAUAAACAUGGGGUUCCGGCUGCGAAAAAUAACGAUCAUGAAUCUUCUGCAGCGCCAAAGAUGCAAAGAGUUAAAGUUCAUACAUCUAAAAAACGCUCCAAGGAGUUGUCUUCUCUUUAUACUGGACAGGAGUUUCUUGCACACAAUGGAUCAAUUUUGACUAUGAAAUUUAGUCCCGAUGGUCAUUAUUUGGCAACUGGUGGCGAAGACGGUGUUGUUCGUGUGUGGAAGGUGAUUGAGGAUGAUAGAGUGGACCAGUUUCGCAUCCAAGACAAUGAUACGUCAUGUGUGUAUUUUACAAUGAAUCACCUUUCUGAAAUUGCUUCUCUUGAUGUGGAUAAAAUGAAAAUUGAUAAGACAAAAAAGCACAUAUCAUCAGACUCGACCUGUGUCAUAUUUCCACCCAAUACUUUUAGGGUAAUGGAGAAGCCUUUGCAUGAGUUCCAUGGGCACAGUGGUGAAGUUUUGGAUCUCUCGUGGUCUAAGAAAAGGUUUUUGCUAUCAUCCUCUAUUGAUAAGACGGUUCGUCUUUGGCAAGUGGGAUGCGACAGAUGUCUAAGAGUGUUUUCUCAUAAUAAUUAUGUGACUUGUGUGGACUUCAAUCCUGUCGAUGAUAACUAUUUCAUCAGUGGUUCGGUUGAUGGAAAAGUUCGCAUCUGGGAAGUGAUUCGUUGUUUGGUUGUUGAUUAUACUGUUUUAAGGGAAAUAGUUACCGCAGUAUGUUAUCGUCCUUGUGGAAAGGGAGGAAUAGUGGGCACAAUGACUGGAAAUUGCAUCUUUUACGAUAUCAUCGAUAAUAAUUUACGACUGGAUGGUCAAAUAUCCUUGCAGGGGAAAAAGAAGUUGACAGGCAAAAGGAUUACUGGCUUUAAGUUCUUGCCAAGUGAUCCAACCAAAGUAGUCGUCACUUCUGCUGAUUCACUAAUACGUGUACUCUCCGGCAUGGAUGUUGUUUGCAAAUUUAGAGCAUCUAGUAGCAUCGGUACUGCAGCAAACCAAAUGUUUGCAUCCUUUACCUGUGACGGGAAACAUGUUGUCUCAACAAGCGAAGAUUCUAAUGUACAUGUCUGGAACUACAGCGGCCAAGAAAAGAAUCCUCGAGUAAAGAAAAUUCAUUCUCACGAACACUUCACAUCUCAAAAUGCAUCUAUCGCUAUACCUUGGCCUGGUAUGGAAGCCUUACCAGGACCACUUGUCUCUCCGACAUCUACUAGAGAUAAAUUGUUCGGGGAGCUGAACGACAAAAUGCAUCCGUCUUCUCCAGAUUGUUUCUCUCUCACUCGCGGGUUAUUGCUUGAUUCACUGACAAGAGGAUCCGCAACUUGGCCUGAAGAAAAGCUUCCCGAGUCAAGCGCGGUUGCUGUCUCAUCUACAAAGUGUAAAGAGUUCAAGUUUCUGAAGAGCGCAUGCAAUAGUAUCUUUAGUUCUCCUCACCUCUGGGGUCUUGUUGUCGUAACAGCCGGCUGGGAUGGACGAAUUAGAACGUACCUGAAUUACGGGUUACCGCUUCGUCUUUGAACAGAAAGGUUCUUCAAUUGCAUCGCUCCACUUGUCGUUUCCUGUGUAUCUGCAAUAAAUUUAGCAGCUUCUUUAAUGCAUUUGCUGGAAUUAAAAUUCUAGUUGACUUGCAUUAUGAGCUUUAAAAUGAAGAAACUUCACUACUAAUAUCCAAACUCUCCGGUAUGGUAUAUAACAUGUCAAUUAAGAGAAUAAUUAAAUUAUAAUUUACAAAGUUAAAGUAUAUCCUCUUCAAAUGAGUUUGACAUGGCAGUUGAUAUAUAUAUAUAUAUAUAUAUAUAUAUAUAUAUAUAUAUAUAUAUAUAUAUAUAUAACUUUUUUAAAACCUUAUUAAACCAACUAAAAUUUAAUUUCAAGCUAUAAAUCAUAAUCAGAUUGGAAAUUCUCAAGUUUGGGAAAUUUGUUAGAAUGGCUUGCAUCUCAAAAACCAUUUUAAAGAAUCACAGGUUAAGUGGAUUCUUGUAAUUUCAAUUUAGUGGCUCAUUAAUUAGCUCAGCAGUGUAAUUAUAUAGUAUAUACUAUAAAAAAGAUUAGCUCAGCAGUGUAAACGUUCCAAUCUUUUGCUAAUUAAGCCACUAAUGUAAUACUGUUUAUUGCCUUAAUCAUAAAUUGUAAUUUCAGUUUAUGUUCA